AAGAGGAGAGAAGUUAGCAAGAUGUCCAUCCUGCAAGAGAUCAGCCAGAAUGUAAAGAACAUUAAGCCCUUAGAGUUCAACAUCCUUGCCAGACAACUGAAUCUGAUCAAAAAAGAGCUCAGAAGGGGAGUGAGGAAGCCAUUCAAGGAGGUGAUAGAUGUCUCUAUGGGGGACCUGCACAUGUCCGGUCUGAAGCCUCUGUCAUUCAUUCGACAGGUUCUUGCAGCAUGUCUUUACCCUCCGCUUGUAAACAGCAGCAAACUGCCUGUGGAUGUCAGACAGAGAGCUCAGAAGCUGCUUGGAGAAUGUGUUGGAGGAAGUGUAGGUUCUUACACCCAUACAGCAGGUAUACCAGAGAUAGUCCACAGUAUCUCUGAAUUCAUAACAAGACGAGAUGGUGGGGCCCCAUCAGUCCCUGAAAACAUCUACAUAAGCCCCGGGUCACAGUGGUCAAUCAUGAAUAUCCUAAAGGUGUUAGUGAACAGUGAGAGCAACCCUAGAACAGGUGUGCUGACUCCAGUACCAAGCCACUGCACCACCACCUCAUGCAUUACUAGUCUGGGAGGAGUCGUCGUUCCCUACUACCUCACUGAGGAGCAGGGCUGGCAGCUGCAGGUGGCGGAGCUACAGCGUGCGCUGGAGUUUGCAAAGGGAGUGUGCAACCCUGUGGCUUUGUAUGUCAUCAACCCUGGAAACCCCUCAGGUCAGGUACAAAGCAGAAAAUCAAUGCAGGAGGUGAUCCAGUUUGUUUCAGAGAAGAGGCUCUUCCUUCUGGCUGAUGAGGUCUAUCAGGAUUUGGUUUAUGGGGAUGAGAAUGAGUUCCUCUCCUACAAGAGGGUCCUAGCAGAGAUGGGUCUUCCUCUCUCAGACACAGCAGAGCUGGCAUCCUUCCACUCUGCAUCCAAAGGCUUCAUAGGAGAGUGUGGUCUGCGUGGAGGAUAUGUGGAGAUGGUAAACUUGGACUCGGCUGUUAUGAAACACAUCCAUACUAUGUUCUCCACUGACAGCUGUGCUCCUGUGUUGGGUCAGAUCGCCCUGGAUCUGAUGACGAAUCCUCCACAGCCAGGAGAUCCCUCAUACCCACUCUAUGUUACAGAGACAGAACACAUCAGGAAGACACUGGCUCACAAUGUGAAAAUAGUACCGGAGGUUUUAAACAGCCUGCCGGGUUUCUGCUGCCAGCCUGUGGAGGGAGGGGCAUUUGCAUUUCCGAGGCUGUAUCUCCCACCAAAAGUUAUUCAGAAAGCUAAGGAAAUGGAACUGCACCCGGACAGUUUCUACUGUAUCAGACUGCUGGAAGAGGCUGGAGUGUUAGUACUUCCUGGGUCAGAGUAUGAGCAGAAGGAGGGCACCUUUCACAUCAGCUCAAACAAAUUUUAA